GCGGUUUCGUAAACAGCGUGUAUAUUGGUGCGCGCGCAAGCACGCGUUCAUCGUAGGAUCUCUGACUACAUGUGCGAAGGUGCAUAAGAAAAACGGCGAGGAGGGAGAACGUGUAGUCAGAGUUCGGUGAAAGGGGGCAAAAGAACAGUGGAGCACAGAGAGAGAAAGAGAGAAUACUAUAGGAAAAGGGUGAUGGAGAGGGAAGGAGAUAGUUGAUUUCUGACGCACACAUGUUCUAUCUGUAUGAUGCGAAGGGCUCUGUUCUCAUGAGCUAGCCGGCACUCCGCGAGAACAGAGCGCACGGAUAGUACGUCGAUCGCGCUCGCGGGAAGACGACUUUUCGCGUACUCUAAAUCGAAACGUGUUCAGCAUACCAAUUCAAAAAUUAGCACGCGCGCAACGUGAUUCGAUCGCAUUGUUGCGUGCUGUUUCUUCUAUUAACGACUACGAUUGUGAACAAAUUCAAUUUACCAGUAUACAAUUUUGUUAGUGGAUGGAACGUAAAGGCAGAUUUCCAGGACAGUUUGAACCGGUUAAUACCAGUUUCUGCAAGAUAUACAUACAUGAUAAAAAGACGACAUGGCUCAUCCAAAAAAAUGGAGAAGUUGUAUGUCAGAAAACAUGCUGACAAUGCUUACCGUAAUCGCUGUGGUUUUGGGUACUAUUUUUGGUUUCAUCUUAAGAAACGUUAAAGAUGAACCAUGGACAAAGCGCGAAAUCAUGUACAUUCAAUUUCCCGGAGACAUUUUUUUGAGAAUGCUAAAAGCGCUUAUAUUGCCUUUAAUCGUCGCUAGUAUUGUUAGCGCGAUCGGCGGUUUGGAUCUUAAUUUAUCUGGAAGGAUUGGUAUAAGAUCAAUUUAUUAUUAUGCGACAACGACAAUAUCUGCUGUAAUUCUCGGUAUAAUUUUGGUCUUAAUUAUUAGACCAGGAGAAUUCAGUGCACAUGGUAUGGUUGCAAACGACAAUAUAAAGCCAACUAGAGAUAUAACAACCACAGAUACAAUAUUAGAUUUAAUCAGGAAUGUAUUUCCACCAAAUCUAGUACAAGCUUGUAUUGCACAGUACCGUACAAUACUAAUAGAGCCUGAAAAUAAUACAGAAGCAACUAACAUACAAGAUUGGGAGAUAUCUCAUAAAUAUGGAGAUGGCACAAAUACUUUGGGCUUGGUUAUAUUUGGAAUUGUUUUUGGAAUAGCUCUUAGUAAAAUGGGUGAACCUGGGAAACCUCUUUUAACUUUCUUUGACACUUUGUCUGAAGCAACAAUGCUUAUUACUAAAUGGGUUAUAUGGAUAUCUCCAAUUGGUGUGCUUUUUCUUGUAACUUCAAAGCUUUUAGAAAUCGAAGACAUUGGUGCCAUUGUUGGACAGUUAAGUUUAUAUUUUAUUACAGUAUUAUUAGGUUUGGUUAUUCAUGGAUGUGGAACUCUUUCAAUUAUAUUUUUUGUUUGUACCAAACAAUUGCCAUUUAAAAUGAUAGGCAAGAUGAGUCAAGUUUUAGCCACAGCUUUUGGCACCUCAUCAAGUACAGCUACACUGCCAGUAACAAUACAGUGUUUGGAUAACAUAGGCGUGGACCCGAGAAUUACGAGGUUUGUUGUUCCAAUUGGUGCUACCAUUAAUAUGGAUGGAACUGCAUUAUAUGAAGCUGUUGCUGCAAUUUUUAUAGCUCAAGUUAGAAAUGUACCACUGUCUCUUGGCAAUGUCAUUGGUGUUAGUAUAACAGCAACUGCAGCAAGUAUAGGAGCUGCUGGCAUUCCACAAGCUGGUCUUGUAACAAUGGUUAUGGUAUUAGAUACUGUAGGUCUGCCUGCUGAAGAUGUAACACUCAUUGUUGCGGUAGAUUGGCUUCUAGAUCGUUUUCGAACAACGAUAAAUGUUAUGUGUGAUGCACUUGGAGCUUAUGUUGUUGAACAUUUAAGUAAAAAGGAACUUGAAGCAAGUACAAACCUCCAAGAAGAAACAAUUGAACUAGCCAGAGUGAGAAAAACAGAAGCAUAA